AUGCCAGAGGACCACCCUCAUCAAGCCAAGAAGCGCAGAAUUCGCCACUUUCGCCCCAUCUUCGGCCAAUCGAGACUACCGGCUAUGGCCGCAGAUGUGCCACAAACAGGCCUCCUAGCCCUGGUCGACGAGCUUCUUCUCUCGAUAAUCGAUCAAAUAGAUUCUCGCGAUACACUCUGCAGACUCGCAGCGUCCUGUCGUCGUUUCCAGGGUCUCACGGAGCCCUACAUUUGGCGGACUCUGCUCGUAACCAAUGGGGACCGUGCGAGGAGUAUCGCUGCAGCGCUUGACAUCCGCGAGGCACGGUCUUCUUAUAUUCAAGACCUAUCAAUACGAUACCCGGACCACAGUAAAGAUGGAAUCCAGGAGCUCAAUCAUUUCAUCGUCUUGAUGGACAAGCUUCGCCAUCUCACGAUUGAAUCACCGUGUCCUAAUAACAGUGAGUGGAAAGAUGAUGUGGAAUUUGAUGGCUGGACGAAGAUCGACUACACGACGCUGUUGGAAGCUCUUCCCAAAGCGCUCAAGGAACUUGACAUCGGCGAGCGCCUGCACGCAUUUCCAGGUUGCAUGCCCAGCAAUGACAGCACAACCCGGACAUCGCAGCCCGCUUUCCUCAAAGCUUUGAUUCGCCAAGCAGACUCUCUUGAGCGGCUCUCCCACAUUGGCGGUGCCACGCAACAUCUUCCGCGUAAAUAUUCCACCUUCGACGAUGACAGCGCCAGGCUACGUCACCUCUCGAAUUUACGAUCCCUCUCGCUCGGCAUCGAGACCAUGCUCCUCACCCACCUUCAACGUGACGACUACCCAGCCUCUCUUUGCGAACUCAAGGUGAACGAUGUAUCCUGGGCCAACAAUCUCAGAGGCGGCCCCGAAGACACACUCAGACACCCCGGGCGCGUGCUCCGCCAUUGCACCGAAGUAGUAAAAGGCAUGAGUCGUCCCGUCGAUCUGUCCAUCCUCUUCAGUAACCCCAACACGGAGCAAAUCCUUUCCACAAUUCCGACUGCUAACAUCGCCCUGGUCCUGCAGUCGAUCAUCGACGGGCCGCUACGCACACCGAUGUACACCCUGUCCUCGCUCUUGCGCUCUUCCAAUCGCCAUCUAGCACUGCUCACGUCCAAGUUCUCGUCCAAGCAUUCGUACAUACCGCCAUACAUGUAUGGUGAAGAAGUUCCGUUCGAAGAGAGGUUCUACGACGCGAAUCACUUCUGGCGGGUUUGCGGGGUCAACUUCAGAGUCAUGGACGACGAGAUGUUUGUUGAAGAAGUUAAGAAGGGGCCGAAGAUGGUUUGUACGCCGUGUAGGGAGCGUCUGGGGAGGUGGGAGUGUUUCAAUGCGGGGGAUGGGAGCAGUUGCAUUCAUUGUGAGAGGGAUAGUAGGAUAGAUGGCAGGGAUGUGGAGUGUGUGUAUGAUGUGGAUACUGUUGCCUGGGGGAAUGAGGUGGACUGA